AUGCGAAAGGGGCCGCUCGAAGACCCGGAACACAUGCACGCACCGACCAAGGCGAGCUUGAAGGCGUGGUGGCAGUCGUUCACCUUUGCCCAGAAGAUGAAGAAAGACAGCGAGUCGGCGGCGUUGAACAAGGGCGAACCAGUGCACACCGUAUUCGGGAAACCGCUGAAAGAGAGCCUCAAGUACGCUAGCGUACAGAUAUCGACUGCGAACGCGAACGGAGAGCUCUACGUCUGGGGCUACAUCCCCGUCGUCGUUGCGAAAUGUGGGUUAUUUCUGAAAGAGAACGCUACGGAAGUCGAAGGCGUGUUUCGAGUCAACGGAUCGGCCAAACGGAUGAGAGAAUUGCAGGCUGCGUUUGAGACACCGCCACGAUACGGUAAAUCACUCGAUUGGAAACAGGAGACAUAUACCCCACACGAUGUAGCAAGUGUUUUCCGGAGAUACCUUACCCAGAUGCCCGAGCCAGUGAUACCACAUAAUCUAUACCACGAGUUCCGGGAUGCACUAGCCAAAAUACCAAACGACCAUAAUGAAGUUAUAUCGACGUACAAACGUCUCAUACGCUCAAUGCCGCGGGCAAACCAAUACUUGCUACUAUAUGUGUUGGAUUUACUCUCGGUGUUCGCUAGAAAGUCCGAUAAGAAUAGGAUGACUGCUACAAACCUCGCUGUUAUAUUCCGUCCUGGUAUAAUAUCACAUCCAACACACGAGAUGUUACCGAACGAACAUCACCUCACACAGAAGGUGCUAGAAUUCUUGAUUGAACACCAAGACUGGUUCAUGUUGGACAUACCGCCACCGCCACAAGGUCCUGAGGUAGAUGGUCGUGGAGGUACGGGCGCUGGAUCAGGAGGAAGUCAACCAAACUCGGUAUCGAGAACGGGUUUUGGCGGCCGUCGGCCGGGCGACGGUGGCGGGGGAGAUGGGCAUGGGAUGUUAGGUUCUGGCUCUGGGGCAGAAGUCGACGAUCAUGAUCUCCACAUCAUCCCAAGUUCGGAUGAAGAGCGCGAUCAUACAUCGUCUGUCAGUGGUGGUUGGAAGUUGAUUGUUAGGGGGGGAAGAGGGGGGAAAGAGGGCCAGGGAAAGGUGCAUCGUCGACGGACGUUGGCCUCGCCCACGACGCCUACGCGGCCCCUGAGCGCGCGGAGAGAUCGAGGUGACGGCGGUGUCUUGCAGGAAGAGAGUUUGACGCCUCCAGGAGGGAGCCCAGGAGUCGACGACGGUGGGCUGUCUCCUGUGGCAGAAAGUCCUACAGGGGAACGGGGAUUCGGAUUUGCGGGGGCACUCGGUGUGUCGAGAAGUAGAACCCUGCCAACAGGGCGGAGGCGAGGUCCAGGUGAGGACGGCGGUGGCUCGAGAGGUUUGGAGAAAGGGUCGGAGAAGGACAGGGCGAGAGUGUUGAGGAAACAGAAGCGGGCUUCGUCUUCUCAGUCCAGGGUUCCUACGACAGGCGCCCUGCAGAUAGAUACGAGUCACAGUGCAGGGCGGUAA